GAAUACGACGUAUAUCUACGGUUAGGAAUUAAAUUGUUUGAUGAGCAAGGCAAGAUAAUUAUAUUAUUAACAUGAAGUUAUAUCGUUUAAUAAAAAGUAAUUUCGUACCUGGUAUUUUCAUAUUUACCGUUGUAAUGUUUUUUCUGUAUGAAUUUCAGUAUUCCGAUUCAAAACUCAGUCUGAAAGAUAUUCAGAACGACUUAAAUUUCAACAGCCGGUCUAAGUCGAUACAAACAGGACAAGAAAAGAAUCGCACGAUAAGCCUGUAUGCAGAAGAGUCUAAAGCUAACAAGGUUAUUAAAAUCGAACGUGAAAAUAUUUAUAAUAAAAAAGUGUUUAAGAUCGACAUUCAUCCAAAAAAGAAGUCAAAAGAAUAUAAAGCGAUUUAUCCUCAUUCAGGUAUUAAAAAGGUGGAUCAUCGUAUAUUGAUGUAUAACCGUGUCCCAAAGUCUGGUAGUGAGACUUUCACUUUGCUGAUCACACUGUUAUCUCAACUUAACGAUUUCAAACACCGCAGAUCCUCAAUCUUCAAUAAGCGGCAACUUAGCAUGAAUGAACAGAGGACGUUCGUUCGUGAGGUGAUGAAAAGGAAGCCACCAUUCGCGUAUGAUCGACACAUUUAUUUUACGAAUUUCUUGGAUUUCUACUAUCCUAAUCCUAUUUAUAUUAACUCGAUGCGAGACCCUGUGGAGAAGAUUAUUUCUAGAUUUUAUUUCUGGCGAGUCCCUGGUAUUCCCGUGUUCGAAGAAUUAAAAUCGGCGGGAAAAGUGAAUAUCAGUAAAAGAGAGUGGAUGAAAAAGGAUUUCGAACAGUGCGUCCGUACAGGGGAUCCUGAAUGUUUGUUCAUCACUGGUCAGUCUUAUGACCUUGCCAUUCCUUACUUCUGUGGCCAUAAGGAGGAAUGUAUGAGUUUGAACAACAAGGCAGCAUUACAAAUCGCUAAAACAAAUGUCAAGAAAUAUUACGUUGUGGUUGGAGUUUUAGAAGAACUGAACAAAACGUUGGCAGUGCUGGAAGGCUAUAUUCCACAGUUUUUCAAAGGCGCUUCUAAAUUAUACAGCAUAAAACCAAAAGUACAGAACAAGAAUUUUAGGAAAAAGAAAGUAUCCGAAGAAAUCAAGAAAAUCCUGAAAAAAAAUCUUACAAUGGAAUAUGAAUUUUACGAAUUCAUACGUAAACGGCUUUACGAUCAGUUCAGACUUUUGAAACACGCAACUACAUAGCUGAUUUGGAACUUUAUGGAGGUUAACCAUAAAAGGUGGAAGAAAACGCAAGAAUCCGGCUUGAGUUGACAGUUAAAAUUUACAAUUUGAAUACACAGUUGCAUUAAGUUUUGAUCAAAUUACAUGUUUAUCAUAUUUAUUUGUGUGAAUGAAGAAUUGUUUUUAUGUGAAAGGUGUUAUUUUGAAGUAUGAGAUGAAAAAAUGCUGAUUUUACAUUAUUUCUAUUUUUAUUUUACUAUAUACUAUGUAAGUAUGUACAGGUUACAAUAAUUGUAAGAUGUCUAAAAUGAUAUUUUGGAAAGAAAUGUAGCAGUGUUUUUCUUAAUAACUUCUUAACACUGUAAUAUCACUUAAAUAAUAUUUUACAAUUAACAUAACGACAAGACCAUGAUUUUCUUUUCAAGAUGUACCUGUUUGUAAAAGCGUAAAUACACACACACACACACACACACACACCGGGGGCGAAUCCAGAAUUUUCAAAAGGGGGAGUCUAAAUGAACGAAUAUUGGAGAGUUUGAGAGGAGGGCUUACCUCCGCCCUUUCCUCUUCUGAGAAACUGAAGACUUUUUGAAAUUCAAUAUCGAGGUCCAAUUCCUGAUACUUUCCAGUGAUUUUUGUUGGUUAUUCCCACAUGCAAGUUAGCAGUAAGAAUCCAAAAUGGCCGGCACCUUCCGUUACCACCGAAAGCUUCUUUGCCUAUAUUUGCGGAACUGACUUUUAGAAUCAGGAUAUUGCAAUGACCCAUGGAAUCAACUCUUAUCAAGGCUGUUCUCUGAAGGGCUAGAGAGAACGAUGGGAUGUCUGAUAGUCUUACCGAUAAAAAGCGUUCCUUCAAAGACCUGUGUUUUAAAUUGAUCAUAUUUUGAAAGAAAAGAUCCUUUGCAGUGACUUGUGUACUUAUUGUGAAAGUUGUAUUUUUAAAAAUAUUUUUCAAGGUUUCAUUGCUUCCUGGAAGCGUGCCAGGAAAAUUCAGCCAUAACAACAAAUGUGUGCCUGUUUUUUAUAAACUUCAUUGUUGUGAAACGUUUUGUAAGUACAUUUAAGACGCAUACAUAUAUCGUUUUAUUUCACAGUAUCAUCAAAACGAUGCAACUGCUCACCUCAAAAUGCGUAUGUCCUUCACAAGUUUUAACAAGAGCAUGAAUACAUGGCCCGACUAUUCAUAAAAUCUUCUGAGAAUACUUUGGAUUAAAAGCUUGAAGAUAAUACACCAGAAUGAUGAAAAAGAUUAGGCCAAUCUCUCAAAAACUGACUGAAAACUAAAACUAUGUUUGAAUAUGAAAUAGUCUGCUGAAACACUUAAUUCAAUAAGUUUCAAAAUGCAUAUUAAAGCAAACAAAAUGACAUAAAUUCGCCUUUCAAAUUUAUUACAUUGUUUGCUUAAAGAACUGUGAAUAAGCUCGACUUUAAAGCAUAAUUCAGUCUAACUGAAUAUCAUAAAAGUUGAUAUUUUAUGUAAAAUAGUGAUUUUUUUUACCUUCGUUUUCAGAAGGUAACAACCUUUAAUGAUAUAUUUAUUAUACUUGAUAAUAAAAUAAUACGAAUAUUAAUCCGAUUGUUGAUAUUGAAUACUGAUUAUUUAAAAAUAUGACCUUGUUGCACGAAUGGUAAAAACUAUGAAAGACCAGUUUAUUUUAGUUAAAUUUAAAAUAUCCAAGUAGUACAGAAGUAAUGUAUAAUGAAAAAUAGGAUAAUUAUGUAGGUGAAUAAACACUGGCUUAAAGAGUCGUUAAGAAAUGCGAGAAAAUCUCUGUUUUUAUAUGCAGGCAUAUCAUGUGUUUUCUACUCCUUUUAGUGAUAUAGCAAAUUUCGAAAUGUUUAUUAUUUAGUUUCUACGCUGUAAUGGCGGCAAUACGUGGUUCAGAAAGUCGUUAAAAUUACCUUGUUCUAGUUGUUUCGUUUCUUUGUUCUCUAUAGUAUGUGACGUCUCUUCUGACCGAAAGGAUAUUACAGUAAUAUUCGAUGACGAGGAAUCCACUUUGAGACUAAUAAUACUUGGAGACGGCUUGAAUGGGUAAU